GCCAAGCAUCCAAGUCCGGCUCACUGCGACCUCAAGCCCUAUUGGAAGUGCAGCAUUAGCACUCGAUUUGUCAACAUCCCCGUCGUGGCCUUUUGCCAGUGGCAGCAUCGCCCUAUCCCUAUGCAAAUACUGGCCGCCGAAUGCACAUGGCGAAUAGAGAUUACUCAUCGUGGUCGGGCUGCAGUGCCGAACCCGACCACGACUGGCGAUGCUGCCUCGUAGAAUGGAAUGGAUUCCGUGUUUAUGGAAUAUCUACAGCAUCUCUUCAUCGGGAACAUUUAUAUAGCACGCGUCUUUUCUCUCCCUCGUCCCUGAGUUCGUGAUCAUUAUCAUCCACACCAAGACACUCAACACCCUCCAUUCCACUUCUUCAACAGCAUAGAAUCCAGCAAUAUAAAAUAGCCCAAAAUAGCCAUGGCAACUACAUCAGCAGCGCCCUCCACCACGGUGGUCCGAGAUGUCGCCCCUGGCAUCACCCUUUUCAGCAUCCCCUUCACCAAGGGCCCCCUCAAGCUCGGCGGCGCCAUGACGGUCAUCAAGCUCUCCACCAGCGGCGCCCUAGCCGUCGUGUCCCCCAUCGCCCUCACCGACGACGUCCGGGCCAAGCUCGCCUCCCUGGGCGGCGAGGUCCGGUACCUGGUGUCCCCCAACCUCGAGCACCACAUCCACAUCAGCGCCUGGGCCACCGCCUUCCCCGGCACGCACGUCGUUGUGGCCGAGGGCCUGCCCGAGAGGCGCGAGGCGCGGCCCGAGACCAGGGGCACGACCUACGGCACCGUCCUCACGGCCGCCAAUAAAAGCAGCACCCGCGUCGGCGCCGACUUCGACGCCGACCUCGACUGCGAGUACGUCGACGGCAGCAAGAGCCGCGAGCUGGUGCUGCUGCACCGCGCCUCGGGCAGCCUGAUCGAGGGCGACGUCGUCUUUAACCUGCCGGCCCGCGAGGCCUUUUCCGCCUCGGGCGUCGACCCGGCCGCGGGGUUUGUCGCGAGGCUGGUGGGCGCCGUGUUGCAGACGGCGAGCCCGGCCUGGCAGAGGAGGGUGUCGUGGUACGCGGCCGCGUCGGACCGGGCGCGCUUCGCAGAGUCUGUCAAGCGGAUCAACGGCUGGGAGUUUGACAGGAUCAUUCCCUGCCACGGGGACGUCAUCGAGUCGGGCGGCAAGAAGGUGUUUGCCGACAUCUUUGAGCCGUAUCUGAAGAUGUAACCUGGACCGUUUGCUUUCUUUCUGUGUUUUUGUUUUCAGGGGCGUCUUUGUCACUUCUGUUUUGCCCACUACUCAGGAUACACCCCUUGUGUCACUCCAUGUCUACCUGCCGCAGUACUUAAAUUCUAGCUGGUAAUAAUAAAGAACCAAAAGGUAAAUCACAAUAGCAUUGAACAGGACUAAUUCUUCUGC